AUGGACGAAGAAACAGUCCUUAAACCCUCUAAUAACUAUUCGAAUUUCCUAGAAAAAUCUCAAUCACUCGAGACAAGAGAAAACAACGAAAGCCUUGACGAUUUGCUGCUCGGCAGCGAGGCUGAAGCUGCUGAUGGUGUGAAUGGCGACGACACAUCUCCUGUUGUUGUUCCUUACACGGACGAAUCCGAUUCUGACAUCUCAGAUGACGAAAAAGCAGAGAGCCCUUGGGAGGACGAUGCUCAAAAACAGGCAGAUGGAACUUUAGCGAACCUGUUGGAGACAGCUAAUUGUACCGUAACUCCACGACCAGAGUUUCGCCAUUCUACAUGGAUAUCAUCACUGACGUCAAGAGAGGGGCCCGACAGGGUGGUACACCUGUCGGGUCCCUCUCUUGACGCCUGUCUAAUCUCACCUAAAAUAUUCACGGCUACCGUUGAGAACGCAAUGCGAAAGCUGGAAUGCGACGACGUGGGGAUGAAGGUUGACGGUCGGUGCCUACACCAUUUACGCUUUCCUGAUGACAUCGUACUGAUAACAUUUAGCAUCAACCAAGCAGAACGGAUGCUGAUCGAAUUCGAUGAAACAUGUGGAUAUAUCGGUCUUCAGCUGGAUUUGCGAAAGACGAUGUUUAUUUGCAGCGAAUGGGUCUCGAAUGCCCCAUUCACGCUCAACGGGACGCGUAUAUCCGAAUGCACCAGCAACGUUUACCCGUGUUGGGAAAUAAACAUGGAGAACGACCCGACCCCCGAGCUGGGCAGGAGGAAUUGGGCGGCAUGUGGAGCGUAA